CCUGAUGGUUCAGGGAUGGGGUCUCCGGGCUGGGCAUUCAUCCUGCUGCAGUUCUGGGGCCUGCAGGAAGCUGUCAGCUUGAGCGUGCAGCAGUGGCCCCGUUCGGUGAGGGUGAGGCCAGGCGAUGAGAUGUGGCUGUCCUGUGGCGUGAAUCAGAGUGAGGCCUGGGAGAGGCUGCGUGUGGAGUGGAUCCGGGACAAGGUUGUUUUCUGCCAUCUGCUCAUCUCGAGUGGCAACCUCAACACCACGGGCUGUGGGUCUCGGGGACAGCUGUCCUGGCAGUCGCUUACAAACUUUAGCCUGCGACUGGACCACCUGAGCCUCAACGACAGUGGGGACUACGUGUGCUGGGCCACCCUGGAGAUCCCCAAGUUGCAAGAGGCCAAGGGUAAUGGGACCAAGGUCCUGGUAGAGGCAGGUAUGAACGGGGAUGAAGAGGCGUGGCUCCUGUUGGUGCUUCUGGUGGCUGGGGGUGUGGUGGCAGCCUUGGUGGUGCUGGGUGCUGUGUUAUGGGGUCUCAGGAGGUGUCGCCGUGAGGACUCAGGAAAUUCUUUCUACAGCAAUGUCCUCUACCGGCCCCGGGAGAUCCCACGCAGGCCUCAGGCCCGGCCUAAGGAGAAGGAUACAGGCAGUGAACAGAGAGCCCAGGUUAUAUAUUCCACCGCCUUCCCCAAACCUGCUCCAUGCCAGCAACUUCCGGUCUCCAAACCCAGCCCUAGGCCCAGGCCUGGCUACCCCACCUCAGUCCACUGUGCAUCUUCUGCAAGUCGUAGGAAGUAG